AUGGGGAAAGUUCUCUCCAACCACAGAGGAAAGGGGUUGUUUGCUGGAAUAAAGCUGAAGAAAAAGAAGAAAGAAGACAAGGGGUUAAUGAUUGCAAACAAAGGGGCACUAGGAGACCAUGAGGACCUUGGAAACCUGCACCCACAAAUCGCUGCUGGUCAAGAUGGGGAAGAAGGGGAAAUGCAGUACGAUGACUGUGUCUCCUCUAGUAGCUCUGGUGCCUCAGAGCCCUGGAGGAAGAGAGCAAAGCUGGAACCGAAGAUUCAUGAAGGGGAGGUGAAGUCUCAGACUUAUCAGAUUGCUAUAACGAUCAUUGAAGCCCGACAGCUUGUUGGUGAGAAUAUAGAUCCAGUUGUGAUUAUAGAAAUUGGGGAUGAGAAGAAACAGACAACAGUCAAAGAAGGAACCAAUUCACCAUUUUACAAUGAAUAUUUUGUGUUCGACUUUCUUGGGCCCCAAGUACAUCUCUUUGACAAAAUCAUCAAACUCUCUGUUAUGCAUAACAAGCUGAUAGGAAGUGUAUUGAUUGGCUCCUUCAAAGUUGAUUUGGCGACAGUUUAUAACGAGCCAGGUCAUCAGUUUUGUGACAAGUGGGCCCUUCUCACAGACCCUGCUGACAUUAGGACAGGAACCAAGGGAUACCUGAAGUGUGAUAUCAGCGUCGCAGGAAAAGGAGACACAAUACAAGCCCUUCAGAAAGCGAGUGAUGCAGAAGAACAGAUAGAAAAGAACCUCUUGAUACCCAAAGGAUUUCCUUCAGAAAGGCCUUGGGCCAGAUUUUAUGUGAGAAUCUACAAAGCAGAAGGGCUGCCCAAAAUGAAUUCUAGCAUCAUGGCCAACGUCACAAAGGCAUUCAUGGGUGACAGCAAAGACCUCGUAGACCCGUAUGUGGUGGUCACCUUUGCGGGUCAAAUGGGACGGACCACAGUGAGGAAGAACUGUGCUGACCCUGUGUGGCACGAACAGGUUGUCUUUAAGGAAAUGUUCCCUCCCCUGUGUCGAAGAGUCAGAAUCCAGGUGUGGGAUGAAGGUAGCAUGAACGAUGUGGCCUUAGCAACUCACUUCGUAGACUUGAAGAAGAUCUCAAAUGAACAGGACGGUGAUAAAGGCUUCUUGCCCACUUUUGGGCCUGCCUGGAUCAACCUUUAUGGUUCACCCAGGAAUCACACUUUGAUGGAUGACCACCAGGAGCUCAAUGAAGGUUAUGGGGAAGGUGUCUCCUUCAGGGGACGCCUCCUGAUUGAACUUGCUGUGGAGAUCCUCUCUGGAGGAGCCCAUGAGUCCAAGUUUACAAAGAUCAUCAAGGACAUAAAGCUACCUUCGAAGGACAAAGACUCCAAAAGCUCAAAAGACAAAGGGAAAGAGAAAGAAGCAGAAGAUGGGAAGUCUGCUCCACCUUCAGAUAAAACAAACUCAACAGAUGUGGAAGUGGAGCCUUUUGAUGUGCCACCUGAGAUUCACGAAGAACAAUUUGAGGAAUUUCUUCUCUUUGGGGCAUUUUUUGAAGCUACAAUGAUUGAUAGAAAGGUUGGAGAUAAACCAAUAAGUUUUGAGGUAUCUGUUGGGAAUUUUGGCAAUGUCAUCGAUGGGGUGUCACCAGGAGCUGGGGGCAAAAAGAAGACCCAUGAAGGUGAAGAUGAAGAAAGUGCCCCCUUGCUGCAUGAAGGGACAGAAGAUGCUUCGCAUGAUAUUGCGGUGCCACUGAUAUCUACCACGCACCCUGAGAAACCGCUCAUCACUGAGGGAAACAGGAACUAUUAUUAUUUGCCCUACAAUGAGAAGAAACCCUGUGUCUACAUAAAGAGCCAUUGGGGUGACCAGACCUUCAGGCUGUAUUUCUCCAAUGUCCUGGAGAAAAUGGCAGAUCUCCUGGAAGAAGGUUUAGAACAAGUGAAAGAUUUAAUCAAAGUUUCUGAGAUUGCAUCAGAGGAGAAAAUGAAGUCCACUCUAACUGAUUUUAUCAACCAAAGUAGGGUUUUUGUUGCAAAUGCUGAAAAGAAGCCCAAAUUGAUGAAUAGGACCAGUUUGGACAAAAAGAGGCUGACACUGUGUAAGCAAGAAUUGGAUGCAAUGUCCAAAGAAGCCAAAGGGAUCAUCCAACAGCAAAAGAAGAAGAUUCCUCUUGAAGCAAUGAUGCGUGAGACGCAGAACUUUAUCGAGAAGAUUCGCUUCUUGGUAGACGAGCCUCAGCAUACUGUGCCUGAUGUCUUCAUCUGGAUGCUGAGCAACAACAAAAGAGUCGCAUAUGCAAGAAUCCCAGCCAAAGACUUGCUGUAUUCCCCUGUGAGCAAGCAGAGAGGCAAACACUGCGGGAAAAUUAAAACCCACUUCCUAAAAUUGCCAGGAAAACGCCCUCCAGGCUGGAAUGUACAUGGAAAAGUCGAUACCUACUUCUGGCUUGGCUCAGCCAGAUAUGCCCACACAAUUUUGGACAAUUUAUUCGUUGGAUAUGAAACAGAAACAGCUUCAGCAUCCAGUGCGGGACAUCACGCCACUCCUCCGCCUGUUAGUCUGGUGUAUAAAACCAAGAAUAUCUUCCAGCUGAGAGCUCACAUGUAUCAGGCCAGGAGCCUUAUUGCAGCCGACAGCAGCGGACUCUCAGAUCCCUUUGCCAAAGUGACAUUUGUGUCACACUGCCAGACCACAAAGAUCAUUCAACAGACUUUGUCUCCCACCUGGAAUCAGAUGCUGCUGUUUAAUAAUAUCCUGCUUCACGGGGAUGCAAAAGAAAUUGCCAAAUUCCCUCCAGCGAUUGUUAUUGAGCUCUAUGAUGAUGAUGCUGUGGGUAAAUCUGAAUAUAUUGGAUCAACGAUGGCUGUCCCUGUAAUUACGCUGGCUGGUGACAAAUAUCAGCCGCCAAAACUCACUUAUCAUCCAGUCCACUGUGGGAAUCUUUCUGGAGGAGAUCUUCUUGCUGCAUUUGAGCUUCUGCAGGUCCCUGAUUCUGGCCCUGAAAACCUGCCACCUGUGGAUCCUGCAGAUGCUAGUCAAAUCUAUCCAGUCCCAGCCAACAUCAGACCUGUAUUAAGUAAAUACAGAGUAGAGGUUCUGUUUUGGGGCCUUCGUGAACUCAAGAAAGUGCAGCUCCUCUCUGUGGAUCGGCCACAAGUUCUCAUUGAAUGUGCCAGCAAAGGAGUGAAAUCGUGUGUUAUCCAGAGCUACAAAAACAAUCCAAACUUUAAUGUCCUGACAGACUGGUUUGAAGUGGAAUUGCCUGAAAAUGAACUGCUGCACCCUCCGCUCAGCAUCUGUGUGGUUGACUGGAGAGCCUUCGGCCGCAGCACGUUGGUUGGGACCCACACCAUCAAUUGCCUCAAGCAGUUUCUGUAUAAGCCUGAAGAAGUGCUUGUUUCACCAGCAAAAGAAGCUGACAUUGUAGAGACAGACAAAGCUUCACCCCCUCCAGAGCAGUUUCAGCCCCCGCAGCCUCAACAGCCUCCAACAGAUCAUGUCUACAUUGAUGUGGAAUAUGGUGCGGCUGCCUUUGCAAUCCCCGAGCCUGAGCCAGCGGUACCCCCUGUGUCAUCACCACCUCCACUGGAACCAGCAUCUCCGAGGCCUACAUCAGCUUCUACCUCAGAACCUACAAAAGAUGGGAAAGAAAAAGGUUCUAGAAAAUCAAUUCGGCGUUCUACGAAGAGAAAAAAGAGAACUAUAGCUGAUGAAUCUGCUGAAAAUGUUAUUGAUUGGUGGUCAAAAUAUUAUGCUUCUGUACAAAAAGUCCAAAAGGCAAAAGUGCUUGAUUUCAAUGAUGGAAAACCAGGGAACACGAAUGAGAAGACUGGCCACGUAGCAUUCAGCAUUGAGGAUGAACCAGACAAAAAGAAGAAGGAUAAAUUGAUUAAGAAGAAAGUGCAAGAGGAAUGUCCGAAACUAUCAACCAUGGAGAUCUAUGAUGGAGACCUGGAGAGUGAAUUUAACAACUUUGAAGACUGGGUAAAAACAUUUGAACUCUUCCGUGGCAAAUCGAGUGAUGAAGAUCACAGUGACUAUGAGGAGAGGAUAGUAGGAAAAUUUAAGGGCUGUUUCUGCUUAUACAAAAGUCCAGAAGAGGGUUACUCGGGAGAUGGAGGCCAGCCUAGGAUUCUACAAGGUCUACCUCCAAAUCAUUCAGUGAAAGUUCUAAUCAGAAUAUAUGUCGUGGCAGCAUUUAAUCUCAGCCCAGCUGACCCAGAUGGUAAAUCUGAUCCUUAUAUUGUGGUCAGACUGGGGAAAACAGAAAUUAAAGAUCGAGACAAUUACAUUCCCAAGCAACUAAACCCAAUAUUUGGAAGGUCAUUUGAAAUUCAGGCAACUUUCCCCAAGGAAUCUCUGCUUUCAGUCCUGAUCUAUGACCAUGACUUGAUUGGUUCAGAUGACCUCAUUGGAGAAACAAAAAUUGAUUUGGAAAACCGUUUCUACAGUCGGCAUCGAGCCACCUGUGGGCUACAGAGUCAAUACGAAAUUGAUGGAUACAAUGCCUGGCGAGAUGCCACCAAGCCAACAGAGAUCUUGACCAAGCUUUGCAAAGAGAACAAACUGAAUGGACCCUACAUGCAACCUGGAAAGAUACAAGUAGGGAGCAAGGUCUUUACAGGGCAGACAGUCUUCCAGGAAAAUGAGGAUGAGGAACCUGUGGAAUCCUACGAGCACCUUGCUCUGAAGGUUUUACGCUCCUGGAAUGAAAUCCCAGACAUUGGCUGCAAGCUGGUGCCUGAACACAUUGAGACACGUCCUCUUUAUCACAAAGACAAGCCUGGGAUGGAACAGGGCCGUGUGCAGAUGUGGGUGGACAUGUUUCCGAAGGAUAUGCCUCUCCCAGGACCACCAGUUGAUAUUUCACCCAGAAAACCCAAAGGUUAUGAACUGAGAGUAAUAAUCUGGAAUACAGAAGAUGUCAUUUUGGAAGAUGAGAAUAUCUUCACAGGACAAAAGUCAAGUGACAUCUACGUAAAAGGGUGGCUGAAAGGCCUUGAGGAUGAUAAUCAGGAGACAGAUGUGCAUUACAAUUCCCUGACUGGGGAGGGGAACUUCAACUGGCGCUUCGUGUUCCCAUUCCAUUAUCUCCCAGCUGAGAAGCAAAUGGUGGUCUGCAAGAGGGAGAACAUCUUUUCCUUGGAAAAGACAGAACGCAAAAUGCCUGCAGAACUAGUGCUCCAGGUGUGGGACUUCGAGAGGCUUUCUUCUGAUGACUUCCUGGGUUCUCUGGAAAUGAACCUGAAUGGCUUUCCCCGAGCUGCCAAAACUGCCAAGCACUGUGACAUUAGCAUGGUGACAGCAAUGAGCGAGGAGAACAAGAUUUCCAUAUUUCAGCAGAAGCGGGUCAGAGGCUGGUGGCCUUUCAUCAAAGCUGGAGAACUCACGGGCAAAGUGGAAGCGGAAUUUCAUUUAGUCACGGCAGAGGAAGCAGAGAAAAAUCCAGUAGGCAAAGCUAGGAAGGAGCCAGAACCAUUGGAAAAGCCCAACCGACCUGACACUUCCUUCUCCUGGUUUGUGAAUCCUUUCAAGUGUUUCCUUCACCUCAUCUGGAGAAAUUACAAGAAAUACAUCAUCAUCGGUUUCAUUUUGCUUAUCCUGCUUAUAUUCUUAGCACUUUUCAUCUAUACUCUUCCUGGAGCCAUCAGUCGUAGGAUUGUUGUAGGGGGUUCUUAG